ACGCUCUACUGCUACCCAUCACUCUUCCCAAACUGUACCUCCGUUUUCUUUUCUCUCUCCCUCUCCCUCUGCUUUCGCCUCAGCCCAAACAGGUUACUUUUAAUGUUGGAAUUAGUAUACCUCAGCCGCUAAGAGCAGUGGUAGAGGAGCACCAGCGUCUCCACUGGCCCCCCAUGUCCUUCUGCUCCAUGAGGGGGAGGUGAGCAAGAGAGGAGAAUCUCUCCCCAUUUGGCGUGUUGAUCUGGUUCCCGGCGGCAACCUUCUCCCAGGUUUCAUCUAUGGGGCAAGAUGCUGGCUUGAAAUGCGAGAAUCUCUCUAGAAUGGGAGGAGGUCCUGAAAUAUUGCAGUCCCCUUGCUGUAUCAAUGAAGAAAAUGAGAGUCGAAACUGCAGAUACCGUCAGUUGAAAGGCUCAGAGAGCAAUUCAGGGGAGUUACGCCUAGACCGCAUCCCAAAUUUCCACUGCAAGAGCUUGCCAACAAGAAGCCGCAAGACAAACACGGAACCAAGCAUUGUGGGGAAGCGUGGUUCUAUGUACCAGAGCUCUAGUGAAAUUAGCAGAAUCAGAAAAAUCCAGGAGGGCAGGAGGAAAAUAGAUUCUGCAUUUGAUGGGGAUGCGUUUCUGUCCUUUGAUAUUGUUGACUCAUCCUCUCAGCCUAGCACAAGUGGAGCUUAUCUGCAUCCCCACCAGAACCGGAGGUCAGGGCCUAAGUCUUCUAUGGAAACUACUCGUAGGAUUCAACGAGCAUCGAAGGACUUCCUUGAUCUUUCCUUCCGAGAGCUUCCUGAAGAGAAUAUUAAGCUAGACCGACCACGCUUGGACAGUACCUUGUUGAAAAAUGAUGGAGGUGAUGGUUUCUCUGAGAUUUCUCUUGAGAAAGAGCUCACAAAGGGCCCCUGCAGAAAUGCAGCUCCUCACUUGCUAGACGUUGAAUCAGGUAAAGGUACAGAAACAAAUUACCAACACAAGACCAGUGGAGAAGAAAAUUACCAACACAACACCAGUGGAGAAGCAAAUUACCAACACAACACCAGUGGAGAAGCAAAUUACCAACACAAGACCAGUGGAUGUCCCAGUGAGAGUAACUGUGGUGAGAGGGAGAGAGAUUCAAGGAGCAGUUCCAAGUCCAUGUCGGCGAAAGUAAGCUCCUUUGAUGAUACCCGCCCAUCUGAAAGUGUUCACCAUGGCAUAAAGAACAAUGUUAAAGUUCGAUCAAGCCCCUUCAAAAAGAUUCUGGACCCUAUCAUGAAGUCCAAAUCUCAUAGGAGCCCAUCUCUCAUGGAAAAGGGAGACUCCAACUCUAUAACUGUGCCAGUUAGCAGGAAAAAUUCCAUAUACCGCAAAUCAUUGCUGAGUGAUUUUUCAAGAACUGAACAAGCAUCCAAUUGCCAGCCAAAUGGAGAAAUAAAACAUAUCACAUCUGCUUUGUCACCUGCUCAUCUUCAAGCGGUUCUUAAAUUGGAUUCAAGAAAUGGUGUACAGGUUUUCGAAUUUUGUGUCGAGGGCCCUGAAGAAUCCAUUUCUGCCAGGAGUUGGAAAGCUGGGAAUGAGUUGAACUCUAUAUACACCUUCCAUAGUGGUGGUAAACGAUCAAGCGCUGCUGGAAGGAUCUCCAAAGAUGGUGGUUGGUGUUCACCCCCAAUUGUAGGCCAGGUGCAGGUUUCUUCCUAUUUAUGCUCUGAAGUUGGAAAAGAUGGUGCAGUGAAUAACUCCGUCGUUACCGAGUUUGUUUCAUACGAUAUUGCUCAUGCAAGGCGGAGUGUUGAGGAGAAGACUCAAUGUAUAGAGACCACUCAACCGACAUCGUGCAGGGUCGUUGACAAAUCAAUCUCUGGUGAAUCUCCUAAGAGGAUUAAUCUGAUGGACCAGCAAAAGAAUGCAAGAAAUAACUCAGAUGUAUCAACAUCUUGCCCAUGGUCUGAAGAAGAUCUUUAUCCUCAUUUAGAGAUUGCAGCAACUGUAAUCCAGGUCCCGUUUAAUAAAGAUAAGUCCAAAGAAAUGAAGAAUGGUUCAUCUCCUUGUACUGUCAAAGUGGUUACACAUAGUGGACUGCAUGGUUUACCAAGCGACAAUGAAGCCAGCCCGUCACCCUUGCUAGAUAGAUGGAGGUAUGGUGGAGGCUGUGAUUGUGGUGGAUGGGACAUGGCUUGUCCCAUUGUUGUCCUUGGUAAUGCAUAUGAUAGUAACUGGACCGAGUCUAUAAGGAUAAAUGGGAAACAUCCUAUGGAGCUCUUCGUUCAGGGUAGAAAAGAAGAGCUCCCUGCCUUUUCCAUGAAGGCCAAUGGGAAAGGACAGUUUUUGGUGGAUUUCCAUGCGCGGUUAUCAGCAUUACAGGCAUUCUCAGUUUGCAUGUCUAUGUUGCACUAUUCUGAAGCUUCAAUGGCCAUCACUAUCGAGAAGGGCAAGCACAAGUUGUACUCCAGCUCACUCAAGAUGCUCCUUGAGGAGGAUGUGAGGAACCUAAUUGAGGCAGUCUCGGCGGAAGAGAAGAAGAAGUCAAAGAAGAGGAGAGAAAAGGCACCUACAUCUGUUGUUCUCGAUCCGCCUUUUUCUCCCAUUGGAAGAGUAUAGGGAGUGCGCAGUUGAAGCAUGAAGAACCCUGGGGAAAAUAUAAUAAAAACCUGUGGUUCUCAUCGUGUGUAACAUUGUUUAACAGUCAUGAUUUGGCUUCAUGUUCAUAUUUCUUAUUAAAGGGGCAAAUUUAUCUUGUUCAUAAUGAUGGAGGUUGCAUGUAGUUUCUAGUCAGUAAGGUCAUAAUGUACUGUUGAAAUGUCGAAUAGAAGAAAAUUUUAGAAGGCAGUUCCAUUUUCCAACAGGAAGAAUAUAGAUAAAAACAGCUGGCCAUCGCUUCUGUACGUAACAUCACUUCAAACAAUUUGCUAGCUUCCUAU